UAACAAAAUAAAACUAAAAAACAUUUUCUAUUUUUUUAGCUUGCAACAGUAAUUUUAAUUUUGACAGCGCCAACUAGUGGCCAAUUUCCGAAACUUCUUAUUGAUAUCUUUCGCUCUAUGUUCAUGUUGUAACUUUCUUGUUAAAAUUUGUGUUACUUGCUGACAAACCUAAUGUUUAUUGAAUAUGUGCUCGUGUUUGGUUUGUUCUCGGAUAUAAUGAAUUAAAAAUCACGUCUCAAUGUAUAUGUUAUGCGGCAAGUUCCUUUCAAACCCAAUGACAUUAGAUGAACUCGAUGUGCGUUUUGGCCAUUUUACUUGGCUUGCGUUGGUGAUUCGUACAUAGUCACGUGACCAAAGUGGUUUUUGGAUCAAUGGCGCCAAAUGUCUGUUACAGAAAAUGUUGUACCAUUUGCAUUAUUCAAUAUUAAAGUGCCAUCAUGUAGUAAAUGAUGUGACAUUUUACACGAUGCUACUGCCGCGUUCUAAGUGUAAAGCAGUAGUUGGUUCGUGAACAUGUAGGUUGUGGAAGUGCUAACAGAGAUGUCUAUGAGAGGGAAUAAGCGAGCAACUGGGCUGCGUGGAGAGUCCAGCCAGCCUGGCACAUCCAAGGCAAGCCAGCCAAGCACAUCUAAGGCUAGCCAGCCAAGUACAUCCAAAGCUAGCCAGCCAAGUACAUCCAAAGCUAGCCAGCCAAGUACAUCAAAGGCCAGCCAGCCAAGUACAUCAAAGGCCAGCCAACCCAGCACAUCAAAGGCGUGUCAGCCAACCACGUCUAAAGAUUGCCAGCCAAGCACAUCCAAAGAGUGCCAGCCGAGUACAUCCAAGGCGUGCCAGCCGAGCACGUCCAAGGCGUGCCAGCCAAGCACAUCGAAGGACUGCCAGCCGAGCACAUCCAAAGCAUGCCAGCCAAGCACAUCCAAGGCUUGCCAGCCGAGCACAUCCAAGGCAAGCCAACCUGGCACAUCCAGGCAGAGUCAGCCUGGCACAUCCAGGCAAAGUCAGCCCAGCACAUCAAAACAGAGCCAGCCUGGCACAUCCAGGCAGAGCCAGCCCAGCACAUCUAAACAAUGCCAGCCUAGCACAUCCAAGCAGUGCCAGCCUAGCACAUCUAAAUGUGAGCCAGGUCCAUCUGGCACGUCUAAACGCCGUAGAGCAGAGCCUGAUGACUGGCAGCUCAGACCAGAUGUGAAGAUGUCGUCCAUAUACAACAGAAGUGCCUCUGAGGCACCAGCAGAACUAUUCAGGAAAGACCUGAUCAGCGCCAUGAAGCUGCCAGACUCGGAGCCACUGACGCCGAGCGAGUACUGGAUCAUCACGGACACGUGGAAGCAAGACUGGGAGCGCGGCGUCCAGGUGCCGGUGAACCCCGACUCGCUGCCGGCGCCCGUCGUCCGCAUCAUCGACAAUCCUCGCCCGCCUGACUUCAAACCGUUCAAGUUGCCGAAGGACAAGUACAUUCACUUGACGCGGGACGCUUACUACCAGCCGGACAAGCACUGCCUCAGCACUACGCCCGCAAAGGCCGAGGCGGCUUGCGCGUACGACCUCGACGCGGCGGACACCGCGUGGUUAGAGCUGCUUAACCUCGAGCGAGCGAGGGCCGGCCUCUUCCCCAUCAACGAGGACCAACUCGAGAAGGUCAUCGAGGAGCUAGAGGUUCGAACAUGGGACAAAAUACAGGCUAUUAUGAAGUCGGAGGAGGGGUUGGGCAUUGAAUAUGACGAAAAUGUUAUAUGCGAUGUCUGCCGGUCUCCGGAUUCCGAAGAUGGCAAUGAAAUGGUCUUUUGUGACUCAUGCAACAUAUGCGUGCACCAGGCCUGCUAUGGCAUAACUGUCAUUCCUGAUGGGCAGUGGCUGUGCAGACCGUGCGGCGACGGUGUGCGGCCAACAUGCGUCCUGUGCCCGAACCUUGGUGGUGCUAUGAAAUGUACUCCUUCUGGUCAUAAGUGGGCUCACGUUAGCUGUGUACUAUGGAUCCCCGAAGUGUCAAUCGGCUGUGCCGAAAAAAUGGAACCUAUUACUAAAAUAUCGUCUAUACCAGCAUCUCGUUGGUCUCUAGUAUGUGUUUUGUGUCGUGAACGCAAGGGAGCGUGUAUACAGUGCUCUGUAAAGACUUGUAAGACUGCUUACCACGUAACGUGUGCAUUUAAACAUGGACUUGAAAUGCGUGCAAUCAUCGAAGAUGAAAAUGCUGAUGAUGGUGUAAAGCUACGAUCGUAUUGUCAAAAACAUAGUGUUAAUUCUAAAAAAGAUAAAUGUUCGGGCUCUGGUUCAGAGGAGGAGGAGGUGAAAAGAAAGCGCCGGAAGGAUAUGACUUCUGAGGAAAAGACUCAAGCUCGUGCUGCUCGCUUGCAGGAAAUCGAAAGAGAAUUCGAUCGACACGUUAGUUUGAAGGAUAUAAGUUCGCAUCUCCUUGAUGUGGAUCAAGACGCUAUACAUUACAUUUACAACUACUGGAAAUUGAAGCGACGAGCAGGGCAUAAUCGUCCCUUACUACCGCCCAAGACCGACGACAGCGAACUAAUGACGCACCGCCAGGAACAAGCUGAUCUGGAUAAGAUGAAAAUGUUUGUGCAGUUGAGGCAAGAUCUGGAAAGAGUACGUAAUUUAUGCUAUAUGGUGAGUAGGAGGGAAAAGCUCUCUCGCUCGUUUUUUCGGAUGAGAGAACAAACAUUUCAUAAACAGGUAGGGGUACUAUCGGGUGGUGCAGAGUUAGGAGGUCCUGAAUUUGAUGCUGUCGUGCAAGCAAAUCACGGACCAUCAAUCUAUGACCAACUGUAUUCGCACCCUGGUGCACCAAAUCAUAAAAAUAAUUUCGAAGAAUUACUAGCUCGAAUCGCUCCACCUGAAAUGGGAGACGAUAAAAAGAAAGAUAGGAACGGGUUAGUAAAAGGUUCGAAAACGGCAAAUCCUUAUAAGAAACAUUAUGUGAAUGGCUCUCGCCGCAGUGGCAGUAUGUGUAGUGGAUUGUCAAGUGAAGAAAGUGCGCCAGAAAUGACGCGUUCUGGUAGAUAUCGUGGCAGAGCCAUUUCCAGCACGGAUGAAGACGUAAAGAAACCAAUUUCUCCAAAGAAAAAGGUUUCACCCAAAACUAAAGCUAAACGAUCUCCUAAAAAGCCUGAAAGAAAGAAAAAGAAAGUCCCACAGUCAAAGGCAUUGGUUGAAAGUAGUAGCGAGGAUGAGGUUAUAAGUGCUAGGACAAAGAAAGAUCGAUCUCGUAGUAAGACUCUUCAACAGAUGGAAAAAGAAAUGGCGGCUGGCACAUUAGGCCAGUCGGCCACAGAUAGUGAUGAGUUUAUGCCUAUACGAUCAACGAGAAAUAGUAAGUUCCCUGUUGACAUCUAUUCGGAUAGCAGUGAAGAGGCAACUCCUACAAAAGCUGAUCUCAAAACUAAGGUUAAAACUGAGAAAGUAAAGGUGGAGAAAAUUAAAGCAGAAAAGUCGCCAAGCGCUAACGAUUCCCAACAGCCAUUACCCAGAACUAAAGGAGCUAUGAAAGAAUUCAUUCCGGAACCGGAAAAGAAACCUGUGAUUAAGGAAGAAGAUAAACCUGCACCUAAGAAAAGGGGUAGGAAACCAUCCAAUAAAAAUAUAGCAGACAAAGACAAACAAAUCGACAAAAAGCCUCCAGUCAAGGUUACAGAAACCAUUGGGGAUGAACCGAAACCCAAGGAAAAGGCAGGAAAGCAAAAAGAUAAUCCUACUGAUUUAAUUGUGCCCCAAAGACAGGCUGCUAAGAAAGCCUCUGAGAACAUGCGCUCAACGACUGCAGUGAAGAAAGAGGAACCACAACAAUCCUCUCCUGAAGAUCCCAAACUGAAACCUAAAGUGAAAUCAAAGGGCAAAGAAGUGAAGGAAACUGCCAGUACGUCGACUGCUACUCCUGCUAAAGUGGGAAGGAAGAAAUCUUCUAAAGAUGUCGAUAAAGAAACUAUUGCUUAUGUACCUCAAAGACAAGCCGCAAAGAAAGCAGCUGCUCAUAUUAAAAGUGGAUUGGGCAGUAAGUUGCCUGUUGUCGAGGCGAAUGACAAUGAUAAAAAGAAGGAUGGAGAAAAGGCAGAUAUCAUCCAGACGUCACCUAAAAAGUUGGAAGAUGGCAAAAAGCCCCCGUCUAAAGAGAGUUCCAGUUCCUCAUCAUCAAGCAGUAGCAGUUGCUCAUCAUCAUCUAGUUCGUCUGAUGACGACGAUGAGGAAGAGGAAGAAGAACACGAGAAACCUGGCAUGAAGCCAACAGCCAAGGCUAGAGAAAUAAAGCCAGCUGUUGUUAGGCAGCCGUCAAUGUUUUCGCCGCCUGGUUCUAGGCCGACAGUAGACUUGCCCUUUCUCGACAAGGUGUCAAGACCCCUGUCGUCUACAAGUGCCUCGAGUGACGGCGAUAGCUCGAAAGAGUCCCGAGGUUCUGGUUCAGACAGCCCCUCACCGAAGCGACCUCGACGAAGACGUAAAGGAAAGAGUCUUUCAACAGACACAUCCCCACGCAAGGCCCCUGACAAGAAGCUUAAAACUUCCGAACGGGGGUCCGAGUGUAGGGUACCAUCACCGAUUGUUGAAGGAGAGGAAUCGAGCCGACCCAAUGCGCGUGCUGCCACGCGUGCUCGGACCAGAAGCACUACUGCAAGCGGAAAUAUGCCUAAUAAGUCUGAUGCCGGAUCGAGAAAAUCAUCUAAAGACGACACCGGUCUUGCCGCUGGGGCCAAUAAAACUUCAAAAGAGAGCGGCCAGUCCCGUGAACUUCCACCUGCGGAGUGGCAAGCGAACAAGGAGGUAAAGAAUGAAAUCAAAGAGGAAGUGGUUACGCCUGAGUUUUCGGAUAUUGACACCAAACCUAAAAUACAUAAGACCAGAAGACAAAGUAUGUACCACGACGACAAAGAUAAAAUAGAGAUUGUUGAAACGGCACCCAGAAUAAGCCCAAGGAAGAGUGCUGAAUUAAAGCAAAAGGCCGUAACAACUAGAAGAAUGAGUGUGAAAGAAACUGCUCCAGAAGUAUCAAAACCAAAACAAAGAAGGCAAAGCAGGAAUGAGGUUCUUCCUACUCAACCUUGCAAGAAAAAGAUAGAGCCCCUUAAAAAGGCCUUGCUUCUUCAGAAGCCUAGAAAAAUGCAGACGAGUCCAAUCCCAAUUCAUGAUGACUACUCGGAUAAUGACAAACACUGGUUACCAAAAGCUCCCAGUCCUAAUGUUGAUCCACCACCUGUAGAGAAAGCUGGUGGCCCAGAUAAAUACAUGACUGAAGACAAAUCUAUGGAUUCAGAUUAUGCUGACAAGAGUAGUAGUAUUAAAAUGAUAGCUAAGAUUCAAGCUAACUUGAACGAAAACACAAUGAUUAAGUCGCCUAAGACUCCAAUGGAUGCCAGAACAGUAACUUUAGAUCACAUUGAUGUUGAUAACCCCAUAUCUCGAAAUAUCAGAAAGCAAUCUAUUUUGGAUGCCGAAAAGAAAUUCAUAACUCAAGAUGCCAGUCAUGUCGGACAGGGAGUGGAGAUUUCAAAGAGUGCUAAAAUACCAUCUGCAGUUAAUCAAUUCACUAACCGAUCCCUAUUUUCUCCACAACAUAAAGAAAAUGAGUUGUUUGAAUUAGAUAUGCUGGCUGUUGACGACGGCUUCAACCAUGAAGAUAUAAUGAAGCCUUUUACUGCUUAUCCAGAAUUUUUCUUCAAAGAAGACUCAAAAGAACAGGGUGUGCAGGAAACAUUGAAUCUCGUCGACAGGCUUCGAAUGCAGCUAAGUACUAAGAAAGUGCCAACCGAGAAGGAUGAGCCAAUAUUGAUUGGUGAUGAGAAAGAAGAAAGAGAAGAUGAAAAUACUGUCGCAUCUAAUACUUCAGAACCUGAAGUCAAAGAAGUCCCUAUUGAAUUCGUUGAGAAAAGAUCGCCACCUAAAGAUAAUCAUAUCCCUAUGAACCAUUUACCUCAAACAUAUGCUCCUUCUGAGUUGCCUCUACCUCCUAACGAGUCGAUGAUGGACAGCAAAGAUUACCUUCAACCUAUUCCUAUGACUAGUAAUGACAAGUGGCCUAUUAUAAACACGAUGGUCAGAAGUGAUGUACAGGACAGGAUCGAUCUCACUAAUGAGAGGAAAUAUGAUACGUCUCAAUACGUUGAUGAUGUCAAAGAGCCGUUGCCGUCGGAUGUACAAUCCCUAUCCGAAGUCGGUGAUACCAUAUCAAUAUCUAAACAAAGCGAUGAUUCUCAACCAUUGUCUGUUGUCGACCACUCAAUUACCAGCAAUGAUCAGGACUUGACACAAGAUAAUCACAAUUAUGAAAACAAUAAUUCUAUGAUACAUUCAGAUUGUGCUACGAUUUCUUCUCCAUAUGUCAGCCAAGAUUCGAAAUGGAGAGAGAGCAAGAUAACUACGCGAAGGUCGUCCGCUUCGAGUACAAAUUCUGAAGGAUCUGUUUGCUCUCAGAAGACUGAUUCGAAAUCUCAUUUGAACAGUUGUGAUUCACAUCAAGGUAAUGUGAUGCCAGAAAUUGAUUCUUAUCCACCUUUGCCGGCGUAUUCGUGCGCUGUAGAACCGGCGUUGCCACUGAAUCAGUAUAGCACCUACCCAACAGACGCAACUGCCUAUUUGAAUUCACUUCCAUUUGCGCAGUUGCCUCUACCAUCGCCUGGGCCAGGACUGUACGGUGCUGGAUUGCCGUUCACACCGACUGGUCUAUUGCCGCCCAAACCGUUCCCACUUUGUGCGGCUUUCACGACUUCAUCGCAGAAUAUCGCACUCACGACUCAGAUGAUAGCGCCGCCCACACCUAAACCCACAGACUCGCCACGCGACGACCUGGACGUUCCAAGAGAUGAUGGCAGUGAUAAGUACAUACACGUGGUGUCUAGUCCCAGUAUUAGCAUAGAUUCAUUCAAUGACUCUAGCAACACUAGGCCAGCCACAAAAAUGUCAAACGACAGUAAUGAAACAAUGUCAAGCAUAAUUCCAAUCCAAGAUGUCAAGUCACCGCCCAAAGUGGUUAAAACGACACCUAAAUUUCCCGGAAAAUCACCUGGCAAGAGCAGCCCUGGUAUAUCACCUAGGCAAGGCGAUGGGCCCAAGGGCACUAAACGAGCAGGCAGUAGAAACAACCGAAGCCAGAGAGGUCGAGGUCGUUCUAAGAGUCGAGGACAAGGUGUGCACGGUUUCCCGCCUAUGGUUUACAUGGGUAAUUCGAUUCAAAAUAAACUCGUUGGUACGGUCUAUGAUUUCAACGAAGAACUCGCGAACGACGGUGUCGAUCUGAAAGCUCUUCGUGAGAGGCGUAAAUCGAUAGAUAUUAGAGACGAUAGAAAAUCAGAGCAUUCCUACAAAGAUACGUCUCCCUCACCGCGCGUCAGCCCUCUGCAGGCGAGCAAGCAUACUCCUACGAUCGAGACCAAAGACGUUAAACCCCCUUCUCCUCUACCUUCAGAGCAUACUUCGUCCUCAGGGAAAGUGCCAUCCGACCGCGGCCCCGGAUUCUCUUCGGUGCAGCCGGUCCUUCCGGGCCCGGUGGAUAUGCGCACGUAUCAGCCGUUUGAGAACGCCGUGCCUCCUGCCAGUGAGACUUACCACAGCCAUCUGCUCGAGUUCGCCAGCGGCACCGCCGGCCAACAACUGGUGGAAAUUGACGAGGAAGUCGAGAAGCAACUGCACACAGCACUGAUGGCCAGCAAGCCGCAACCCGGCUCGGUCACGCCGGCGCCGAUACCCGAGCCGAAGGAGCCUCCCAAAGAGACGUUUGUUCCGCAAUUACCUAAAGUGUCGUUGUCGGAUUCGAGAAACCAAUUGAAAGUGAAAAUCAAGGGUCCUUUCUUAGACGCCAACUAUUCGGCGAGUUCCGUUCAACCCGUCGUCCCGCAGCCGCCGGCGCCCGUGCACGAGACGACCACCACCAUGUUCAACGCCGCGACCGCGUCGUCGGGCUCCGGGAACCUGCGGCGCAUGCGCAAGAAGGAGCUGCUGCGCCAGUACUGGACCCAGGACAUGAACAUGGACGACCCGGCCCACGCCGCCAUGAUGGGCGCCGCGCCCGCGCCCGCCGCGCCGCCGCCGCUGGCCCGCGCCGUCAUCACCAUACCCAAAGCCGUAGCUUCCAUGACCAGCAUACCCACGCGAGAAGAUUACAAAUUCAGCGACGCCCCGGUCGAAAAGAAGAAGCGCAAAACUACCAGUGGCCUCUCCAGAGAAUUGAGGCACUUGGAAGUGAGCAUGAACGACGUGGAUGCAUCGGAUGACGUUAAACUAUCAAACUUUUCGAGCAACACCAAUCAGAACUACAAGAGACGCGGCCGUGUGACCGCUAAACCCAACAAGUCGAACCCCACUUCACCUCCGGUGGCUAAACUGAAGAUAAAGAUCGGGUCUAACAUAGUUCAGCAAGUGAACGAGGAGCCUUCCAGCUUCCAAUUCCGGCCGCCUAAGAAACGGCUGACGAGCAUACCGAAGCCGAGCCUGGAAGAUCUCCGUCGGGAGAGCAUGAAGUACCGCCGAAUGGUGAUAGCCGAAUUCGAGGAAACUGAGAAAGUGAAGAAGCACAAGCCUAACAAGAGUGAGAAACGUAAGAAAAAGAAGGACAAAAAAGCGGAGAAGUUGUUAGUGGUGAACAGUGAAAGUGAGAGUGCUACUAAAUUGAUAAUCAAGAUAAAGCGCCCCAAGGAGGAGGAGGGCGCCGAGAACGGCGCGGCGGCGGCGGCGGGCCCGAGCGGGGCGGCGGCGGCGGCGGCGGCGGCGCCCGAGCCGCCGGUGGACCCCUUCGAGUACGACCCCUCCGCGCCCGACCCGCUGGCCAUCGACCCGCCGUCCUACAGCGAGUCCUCCGCGAUGCGCAAGAUCCGGACCGCCAAGGUGACGCCGAUCCGGUUAAAACUGGCGCGCAGCUCCGCGGGCUCGGGCUACGUGAUGUCGCAGCCGGGCGAGCCGGGCGCGCCCGAGGGCUCGCCGCCCGCCGCCGCGCUGCCGCUCGCCGUCAACAAGCACUGCGAAGUGAGGUGAUACAACACGCGCGCUCGCUGAUGCCGCGUUAACUAUGCUAUCUGAGUACACUCGUUAAUCUCCUGUAAAUACUAGUGGUUACAAAACUAUUUAGAGACAUCUGUAUAUUUUUAAAGUAACAACUAUCGUCAUAAUGAUGUAGUUUAAUAUAUUAUUUAUUUGUAUAAAUGGAAAGCUCAAUGAAUAACUUAAAGUUACUCUAAGAUAUAUGUGUAUAGUUUGUGCAUUGAGUGGUGCACAAGAAAAGUUUUAAUAUAGUAUAGCAAUAUAUAUUUUUGUUAAUGUUACUGUUUUACUUUGUGCCUCAUAUGGAAUCUCAUUAAUGUUGUCAUAAACUAAUCAUGUUGAUGGAUGGAAGUAAUAGUAUAUCGUUUGACGCUCGCGUAUCACAAGUUCGCUACAGACAUCACACCGCGCCGCCUGCGCAGCCGCGCGGCGGCGGCUUCAUUGCCAUUCAGAUCGUUCAUUCAUAGUUAUCUCCGGCUGGUUGUGAUUGAUUCUUCACUUCUGUUAAAAUCAUUGUUUACUCACUUAUAGAAGUAUUGUUAUAGAAAUAUACCGGACCACGUAACUUGAAUUCAAACGAGAGCUGUGCUCUUUUACUUGUUAUUCUUAUGUAUUUUUAUGAAAGGCAAAUCAACAAUAUAGAGAUUUAGGGCCAUUAAACUAAAUUAUUUAUUUUGCAUGCGUGAUUAUAAUUAUAUUCCUGAAAUCAAUAGAAUCAUUAUUUUCGUUGAUUUCAAAUAUGUAUAUUAUGUUUGUAGCCUAAACUAUUUAUUCUUCUUGCGCACGUAUAUGUACCAAUUGUAAAUAUGAUGAAUUCGCUUAUUUAUUAAGAUAAUGUGUGAAUAUGAAACAAGGUUUGGAUGCAUAGUUUAGUAAUUUUGGCCAGAUGAGGGAUUUGCAAAUUGUGACUAGCUUGUUAAAAUGUAUGAAAAGUAUACCACACGUUUGCAAGCCAUGAUGAGUAAGCGUUGAGCCAAUCUUGGUGUCACCUUUGUCACUCACAAAAAUAUAGGAGUUAGCAUCGAUGCAGCGGAUCCGAAGUGAUUAUUCCUGAAGAUUUGCUGCUGAAUGCCGACUGAAUCAUUGUACUAAACUACUAAACGCGCAAAACAGUUCACGCACAGCCAAUACGCAUACAAACAUACUUUCUGAUCCACUCGCGUUAGUGUU